ACUUGCAUUUUUUUUCCUGCAAAACUUCUGCGAGAAGUUUCACCUUGCGUUUCUUGUGCGUGAACUGCAGCAUCAACUAGGGAACUCUAAAUCAAGUCUUUCGAAACCGAAAUCAGGUAAUGUAGACGAAACUCUGAGUUUAAGUUAAUCGAAGUGUCUCUCUCCUUUCUCCCUUUCUGUGAUUGAUUUAGAGUCCUCUGAAGGAAGUUAGGGUUAGAGAUGAGAGGGAUUUUGAAUGUGUAACAGAGGGGUUUUUCUUCUUUUUUUUUUUAAUUUUUUUUUUAAAUGGGUCCUGACUUCAUUCCUCCCUCCUACUUCGUGCAGAGUUUGAGAAAAUGUCUUCAGAAUGGACAAGAAGUGUAGUAGGGAGUGAGGUGAUGCCCCUGGACUAUGGGAGCAUGGACUUAGAAAGUAGUCCGUCUUCAUCUAGUUCGGAGAAGACGGUCGAAGGGGUGAGAGGGGAUGAGGUGGUGGAGGUUGGGGGAGAUGAGGGGGUAGAGGUUAGGGAAAAUGAGGUGGUAGGGAUUGGGGGAGAUAGCAUACCUAUUACCGUAGUAGAAGUAGAGGGUAGAGGAGAGGGAGGGUAUGAUGUGAACGCGGAGAUAGUGGAGGAGGUGAAGCAGUACAGGUCUGAGUUAAGGACCAGGGAUAGCCUGGGUCACUUGGUAGAGAAUUACGAGAUUUCAUCUCGAGUGUUAGUUAGGCCAGCUGGGGUAGAGGAAAGGGCGUGCUCUGCUUCUCGGGAUCACUGGAUGCUUGUGUAUUCCCACUAUUUGAUAGCGGGACUCAGGUUUCCACUUCCUAAGUUGCUAAUAGGUUUACUGUUAGAUUACAAUAUAGGGUUGACACAGUUGGUCCCCAACGCAAUGAGGGGGGGAAGUAGGAGGGAUAAGGGGUGGUAUUAUUUCACCCCUAGGGUAGCUAAGAAGGAGAGUAAGAUUUUAUUUACUGCGGGUCCUUCAUCCAUUAAGGAAUGGAAGGAAAAAUUCUUUUUUGUAGAUGAUACUAAGUGGGGGAAAGAGGAUGCUGAGGAAGUUGGUGAGGAAGAGGGGGGAGGAAUUGAAUAUCAUGGACCUCACCACGCAGCAUGUAUAGAAGCUGCUGAGCUCUAUGGGCCAAGCACUUUAAGUGAAGCUGAAAUGGACCAAUUUCUGAACAUUGCUAGAAGAGCGCCCAUCCCCAAGAAGCCAAGGAAGAAGUCAAAGACUUCAGCCAAACAAGUGGAUGAGGGGAGGGCUGGGAAGGAGGUGGUACCCUUGGCGUCAGCUGGGACAGAGGAGGAGGUGCCACCGCUAAAGAGAAAGGGUUGGGAGGAGAGGAGGGCACUGCAAAAGAAGCAGAAGGGAGGAGAGGAGGGCACUGCAAAAGAAGCAGAAGGGAGGAGAGGAGGGCACUGCAAAAGAAGCAGAAGGGAGGAGAGGAGGGCACUGCAAAAGAAGCAGAAGGUAGUAGAGGAGGAUAAGGAGGAUGAGGUUCCUGAGUUCGUACCUCAGCCUCCUUUUGUUGAGCUGGACCCCGAGCUCAGACGGUUGGAGGAGGGGGCUGAGGUACGGGCUCCUGGGAAGGGGAAGGGCCCUGUUUCCCCUGCGGUGCCUCAGAGCAGCCUGUUCGAGGCGAAGAACGUAAUGAGGGCUAGGUGGUUUAUCAAUAGCACCUUCCCCGAAAUGGACAAGCGCAACGCGCGGGAGGAAGCUCUGAGGUACCGGGGAGCAUCUGUUGUGAAGCACGUCCUUGAGGAGUUCAGGGAGAGUAUAAAGGAGCGCGCACUCUUGCAGAGGCAGUGUGACCAGCUGCAGAAGGAGAAGGAGGUGCUGGAGAAGAAAAAUAAACAUCUGCAAGAGUCGCUGGACGAGGUGGUUCCAACUGUUUCACAGUUGGAGCAGGAGAGGUCUUCCCUAAGCACCAAGCUCGCUUUUGAGGAGAGCAAGCGAAGGAUCGCUGAAAGCGAGCGUGAGGCUCAAGCGCAAGAAAUGAAGCUGAUGACAAAGGCGUUCAAGGAGCUGAAGGGGAACAUGCGGAAGUUGGUGCAUAAUGGGAUGAAGGAUCACAUCAGCAACUUCAUCAGUUCCAGCUCAUUUGACAGCAUCGUCAACCUGUACCGGCUGCCCACUGCCAUCAUCGCUUUCAUAGACUGCAGAAAGAAGGUGAAGGCUGCAUAUCCCGAAGUGGAUGUGACAAAGGUCACCUUCGGCGAGCAAGAAGAAGGAGUGGAGGAAGAUGGUGAGAGCAUGUCAGCAGACUUCCGUCCUCAGAUCAAACUGAGGUGGGAGGAUGAUGCAGACGGUCUUGCUGUUUUUCCUCCACAGUUCGACUUCGAGUUCGUUGCAGUGGAGGAAGAAGGAGCAGAGGUAGAAGAAGACGAAGUGGAGGCAGGAGUAGAAGGAGCUGGAGUGGAUGAUAGUCAACCAAUUCCAGAAGUGGAGAUUCAUCCAAUUCCUUCUGACGAUGAAGAGCCUCCUCUGCUAGACGAGCAGCAGCCAACACAGCCACCUCUUCCAGCUGAACAGGAGCCAGUGGAGCCACCUCUCCCGGAAGAAUAAUUUGUUUGUUUUUUAAUUUUUUAAUUUUUUGUAAAGACAUUUAUAGCUUGUAAUCUUUAUUUUAAUUGAAAUGAAAAUUUAUAUUUGAAAUCAUGUGUUUGUUUAUAUUUGCUUUACAUUUUUGGUAUUAUUUUUUAUUAAUAAAAGAACUGAGAUUGU